AAGUUUUCAAAGUUUUUUUAUGCCAAUUACUUUUGGCAGACUUUAUAAACGGGGAUUAGGGGAGGGGAGGUGGGUUGUUUUGCUGCUGUUUUGGGUUUGAUGACGGCGUUUGGAGGACUCACGAUAGGAUACCACGUCUUGAAUGGACACUUUUUCUUCACGAUCCGACGUGGUGUAAACAUGUCAUAUCUCUCCGAAGAUCACGGCAUUUCCUCUCACACAAUGAUGACAUUAAAGAAGAUGUGGCGUUUUCUCCCCGGCCUUGGAGGCGCAAAAGAUCGGGCUGGACGGGAUAUGGCUUUCAAUAGAAAUCACACGGUUCAACAAACAUGAUUCAACGGCACGGUGCUCAUGGCAUGCCCGAUACUCGCGCCCCGAUCCAAUUUCA